GGAGUGAGGCGGCUAAUAGAAGGCAAGCCAUGAAAAGUAACUUCUCCUCCAAAUAAAAUAUGCUAUUUUUUCUUCAAACUUCCGCAAAUUUAUCCAAAACACCAGGUUUUUAAGGGAUAUUAAUCGCUUUCGUUAAAUUAAACGUCAUUGUCAAGUAGGUAAGUUUGUUUUCCUUUACAUGAGUGCAUAUGUGCUGUUUCCUUGGUUACGCAGUAAAUAAUUUUAUUGAGUGAAAAAAUUACAUGUCAGUUCGUAAUUUUGAAUAAGAAAGAUUUCUCGAUAAGAAAGAAGUAAGUUAAUUAAAUCACUAAAAAGAUAGUGUAAAUUAGUUAGUUUUAGAAUGCAAUGCACGCCGCCCGAAAUUACCGUUGAGGCGAAUGAAGCAGUAUCGUGCCUCGGACCUUCGAAAUCCGGUGAAAAGUAUUUAGCUGCAUAUCAACACUUCAUUCAAUGGUGUAAUGGAAAGAAUGUGAUCAUCUAUUCAGAAAAUGUACUUCUUGCGUAUUUUAAUCAGAUGCAAAAAGAUAAAAAAUGGAAAUCUUCGACAAUGUGGUCUCGUUAUUCCAUGAUCAAAUCCGAAUUAAUUAUCAAGCAUGGAAUAAAUAUAAGUCAAUAUUUAAAGCUACGAUGUUUUUUGAAAAAGGCCAAUGAAGGGUAUUCUGCAAAAAAGUCCAGAAUAUUUACUAAAGAGCAGUUUGAAGGUUUUCUAAUGGACGCACCAGAUGAUGUAUAUUUAGGAAUAAAGAUUGUUUUAUUAAUCGGAGUAACCGGGGCAUGCAGAUGCGACGAAAUGAUGAAAAUGAAUAUAGGCGACAUUGAAGAUAUGGAAAAUUUAAUCCUAAUAAAAAUUCCCGAUAGCAAAACGAAAAAAGUGCGCUCGUUUACCAUCAUCGGAGAAAUGUUCAUGAAUAUUUACCACAAGUACGCUUCAUUAAGACCGAGAGAUAUGCAAGAGAGAAGGUUUUUUUUGAAAUAUCAGAAUGGGAAGUGCUAUAAAAAUGUUAUGGGGAUUCAUACGAUUAGUGCUGUACCCAGAAAAGUCGCCGAAUUUCUAAAAUUAGGCAAUGUCCAAGAAUAUACGGGUCACUGUUUAAGGCGUACUUCGGCUACAUUACUCAUCGAUGGUGGAGGAACUAUGGAGUCGUUGAAGCGCCACGGGGGUUGGAGGUCGACUUCCGUAGCAGAAGGGUACAUAGAAGAGUCGAUUCGCAACAAAAAAGAAAAUGCUAGCCGAAUAUUAAAUUUAAACGAAACUGCGGUAACUGAAACAGGCGCAUCAGGAAAUCUAAUAACGUCGUCUUCGCCGAGGUCAUCGCCUAAAUCGAGAGUAAAUACUUUAACAGGGUCUAGUUCAUCGUUGCACGGCUUCAAUUUUCAGAAUGCAACACUUACCAAUUGUACAUUUAAUAUUACAUUAAUGAAUAAGUCUGAAAAUAUAUCAUAAUUUUUUGAAUAAAUAAAUGAAAUUGUUGUGUUUCCAUAACAACACUUUUCCCUCCGGCGACAGGAAAAGGAAAAGUAAAAACUGCUCUAACGAUAAUGUCAAACUUUGGCGCCUACUACUCAGUCGAACAAUGGCCUAAUAUUUUGACGUUUGA